AUGGGGGACACGCUGGAGAAGAGCUCUGAGGAGCCCGAGAUCUCUUUGGACAAUGAGCGUUUGACAAAAAUGGAGGACCUGGUGGAAGUCUCGAGUGGUGAAAAGGUCAAGUUUGAUGAUACGGGUCUCUCUCUGGUGCUCCAGAAUGGCCUGGAGAACCUUCGGCUUGAAAAUUCCCUUACAGAUGUCAUCCUGUGCGUGGACAGCAGGGAAUUCUCCUGUCACCGAGUGGUCCUUGCUGCAGCAAGCAAUUAUUUCAGGGCCAUGUUCUGCAAUGAUUUAAGAGAGAAAUAUGAAGAGAAGAUCAUACUUAAAGGAGUUGACGCAGAAACCAUGAAUAUACUCUUGGACUACACCUACACCAGCAAGAUGCUUAUCACAAAGCAAAACGUACAGAAAGUCUUGGAAGCUGCCAGCCUCUUUCAGUUCCUUCGCAUGGUAGAUGCUUGUGCCAGUUUUCUCACUGAAGCCCUCCAGCCAGAGAACUGUGUUGGCAUCCUCAGGCUGGCUGAUGCCCACUCCCUGCACAGCCUGAAGCAACAAGUGCAGAACUACAUUAUCCAGAACUUCACCCAGGUCCUGAACUAUGAGGAGUUUCUGGAGCUGCCAGCUGACAUUCUCUGCAGCACGCUGAAGAGUGAUGACCUCUAUGUCACGGAAGAGGCACAAGUGUUCGAAACUGUAAUGAACUGGGUUCGUUACAAGGAGUCGGAAAGGUUUCCUCUCCUGCCAUACGUGCUGGAGAAUGUCCGGCUGCCCCUCUUGGACCCCUGGUAUUUCGUAGAGACUGUUGAAGCCGAUCAACUCAUUCGGCAGUGUCCAGAUGUCUUUCCUUUGCUCCAGGAAGCAAGAAUGUACCAUCUGUCAGGCAAUGAGAUUAUUACAGAAAGAACCAAGCCCAGGAUGCACGAGUUCCAGUCUGAGGUAUUUAUGAUCAUAGGGGGCUGUACAAAAGAUGAGAAGUUUGUAGCAGAAGUGACUUGCCUGGAUCCUUUGAGGCGAAGCCGCCUGGAAGUAGCAAAAUUACCAAUCACAGAGCAGGAGACGGAGAAUGAGAAUAAAAAAUGGGUGGAGUUUGCAUGCAUUACGCUAAAAAACGAAGUCUACAUAUCGGGUGGCAAAGAAACAAAGCAUGAUGUCUGGAAAUACAACGCCUCCAUCAACAAAUGGAUACAAAUUGAGUAUCUAAAUAUUGGGCGAUGGAGGCAUAAAAUGGCUGUAUUGGGUGGCAAAGUAUAUGUCAUUGGUGGGUUCGAUGGCAUGCAGAGAAUCAACAGCAUGGAAGCAUACGAUCCCUUUCAUAACUGCUGGUCAGAGGCUGCUCCCCUCAUGGUCAAUGUAAGCUCCUUUGCAGCAGCGAGCUACAAGAAGAAUCUCUACGUGAUCGGGGGAGGACCCAACGGGAAGCUGGCAACGGACAAGACUCAGUGCUACGACCCCGCGACCAACACGUGGAGCCUGAAAGCUGCCAUGCCAGUAGAAGCCAAAUGCAUCAAUGCUGCAAGUUUCCGUGAUCACAUUUAUGUUGUGGGUGGGGCAAUGAAAGCACUCUACUCCUACAGCCCCCAGGAAGACACUUGGUGCCUGGUGACUCAGUUCACCCAUGAGAGAGCCAGUUGUGGGAUUUCUCCUUGCAACAACAAGCUGUUUAUCACCGGGGGCCGAGAUGAAAAGAACGAAGUCAUUGCAACAGUGCUGUGCUGGGACCCUGAAACUCAGAAGCUGACAGAAGAGUGUGUCCUGCCUCGAGGGGUGUCUCAUCAUGGGAGUGUUACCCUCAGGAAGUCUUACACCCACAUCCGCAGGAUUGUGCCUGGGGCAGUUUCUGUCUGACCGUAGGAGAACUGCAAAGAAA